ACGAAUUUGACGUUUCGAGAAUGUUGACAUUCGAUGGCGGAAAACACAUGAUUUCCCAAAACAAAUCUGCAGAACAGGAAUGGCUCUGCUGUGUAGCCGGCUUUUGUUGCGGAAUGCUUCCCGUCAUUAUCAUUUUUACCGAAUAAAGGACCUUUCGUUGGAAAACUGCAAACCAGGAAACAAAGUGAACGUAAAGGGAUGGGUCAAGUCCGUGCGGAACAUGAAGGGAAACCUGUUUGUGGACAUCAACGAUGGCUCGGGUCCGCGCAACCUUCAGCUAGUCGUAAACAAGGAGAAAAACAUCGACACGGCAUACGGUUCUUCUGUGGACGCGUGUGGAGUAAUCGUUGCCUCGCCCAAGAAUCAGCUCGAACUGCACGUAGACACGCUGACCGAGGUGGGAAAAUGUCCCCUAACCGAGGGCUAUCCGUUCUAUCCCAAAAAAUCCUACCCGCCGGAGUACAUACGAAACCAUCUGCACCUUCGCUCGCGUGUGAACUCCAUGGCAUCGACGUUUCGGGUGCGACAUGAGGCCACACGAGCGUUCAACGAGUACCUACAGCAAGAGGGCUUUGUCCAGAUCCACACGCCCGUGCUAACGUCGAACGAUUGUGAAGGUGCCGGUGAAGCGUUCCUAGUGAAACCCCUAAACGAGCAGCUGUUGAAAAGUAUGGCCAAAGAAAACGUCCCCGUUGACCAUGCGUACUUCGAUCGAGCCACCUUCCUAACCGUUUCCGGUCAGCUGCACCUGGAAGCCAUGUCCCACGGGCUGGACAAGGUUUACACGUUUGGGCCAACGUUCCGGGCGGAAAAUUGUAAAUCAAACAUUCACCUGUCCGAGUUCUACAUGCUGGAACUGGAGGAGGCCUUUAUGGACACACUCGAGGAACUGACGCAACGGGUGGAAGGUAUGCUGAAAAACGUUACUAAAAAUGUAUUGGAACGAAGCGAAGCAGAUUUGAGUGUGAUCAGAAGGUUGACCACCGACGAUGGUAAGCUAGAGAAGGGCUUCCGGUGGAUGGACCGACCGUUCCCACGCUUAACGUACGAAGAAGCGCUGGACAUACUAAAGGCGAACGAAGGUAAGUUAAAAUCGCCAGUGCGGCGCGAAGAAGGCAUCAAUAAGGAGCAGGAACUGUUUCUGGUCGAUCACUGCCAAGGGCCAGUGUUUGUGUGCUACUGGCCAAAGGAGAUCAAAUCGUUCUAUAUGCGAGAGAACGCGGCAAACCCUCUGCUUGCCGAUGCGUUGGAUCUGCUCGUCCCACACGUUGGAGAGCUGGUGGGUGGAAGUGUCCGUGAGGACAGUUACGAGCGGCUCCAGCGAAAGCUACCCAACCAGGACGUGCUACAGUGGUACUUGGAUUUGCGAAAGUUCGGAAGUGUCACGACGGCGGGAUUCGGGCUGGGUUUCGAGCGGUAUUUGUCGUGGCUUUUGAAUGUUCACAAUAUUAAGGACGUGAUACCGUUCCCUCGAUGGGCGCACAACUGCGUCAUGUAAGAAGAAAUCGCCAGAAUCGCCCAUGCGUGCGUGCGUGCGUGCGUGUGAGAGUUUGCUGUUUAUUCAAUACGAAAUAAAUAUAGUAGAGUAUUCCAA